CCAACUUGUUUGUUUGUUGUUAAUGGCGGUGCUGUCAUUUUUCUGUCAUUUGACCUCAUCUCCGGGUUGUUUUAACGAUAAUUGUAAUUAAUUUAUGACUAAUUAGUGAAAUAUGUCAAUUGGUUUACUUAAUUUAACCCACUGUGAGUGACAGUUUUUUUGGUGAUAAUGUCGAACCUCCGGAGUGAUUUGGAUCCGUCUCUGGACCAAAAACUGCAGUACAUGUCCCUCAACGACUCAAAUCCAAGGUACGGCCGUAUUAUGAGCAAAGCAGAGCCGGCGGUGCCCCCUUACCACCAGAAACAAAAAUCGAUCGGGGCCAUUGAGAGUUUUGUGGCAGAAGGGCCCCCUCAACAAAAAUCCAAUGACUACACAUUGUACGAAAGAAACAAUAUAAUAGCCAGCUCAAAAUACGCCACUCCUAAGCAAGUUGAGACUUUAGUCCAAAAACAAGUUGAAGAGAAUGAUAUUUACGUCCAGUGUGCUAAGCCUCAAGUACCCCCAAAUUCAAGUCCUACACACUCCUUGAGCGGUUCAUCGCAACAUUCCGGCAGCCCCCGAACCAGCAUGGUAGCUAACCCAACCCCAGUGUACGAAAACAUCGACUAUUACUACCAACACCCUUACUACCAAUCAAUGGAAAGUAACUACCGAAAAGCCCAACCCCAAGUCCCCUCAAGCAAUAGAAACAUGACACGCGACGGUGAGGCUUUGCCCGUCUACGAAAACUUGCAAUCAUUGGGGCAGAAAUCCAGCGGGGCGACUCCGGGGCCCCAAGUGCCUGCGAAUCAAGCACCGCCUCCAUACUCCAUGCAAUCGUACAAAAGCGCCCUUAAAGCCCCAUAUUAUCACAAUUUUAAUAAAAAUUUGUCUCAACAACAGUUGGAUGAGAUCAAUAGUAGCGAUUAUGUCUGUAUGACGGGAAAUAUCUCUCACACUUUGAGUACUAAUGUGCCGUUUCAAACGUCCACUGCCAAAAAUUACAAUAGAGAGCCUGGGACUGGGAUUGCAACGACACCAUCAGUUUUACCCAAAACUCCAAUUGUGAAGGAGAAAGUCGAAGUGAGACCACCACCGGUACCGAGCCCCACACCCAGUGCUUGCAGUACUAUGAGUGCUGGAAAAUUGAAAAUGAGCGGAAAAACUCUAUUGCCAUAUAAUGUUACACCGCCGAGGCCAAGGGGGCCCACUGAGGCUGAAAGAAAGAUCGAGGAAAUGACAAGACAGAUUGAAGAAGAAAUGGAGAAACAUGAAGAGGAAGGCGAAUAUUUUGGUAUUUGCCACACAUGCGGCGAAAAAGUGACCGGCGCCGGUCAAGCAUGCCAAGCAAUGGGCAAUCUGUACCACACGAAUUGUUUCAUAUGUUGUUCGUGUGGUCGUGCCUUACGUGGCAAAGCUUUCUAUAACGUUCAUGGAAGAGUCUACUGCGAAGAAGAUUACCUGGUAAUGACAAAAACAGAAAGCAGUCAAACCGAAAAUCCAAUAAUUAAUGAUGUUUUGCAGUAUUCAGGAUUUCAGCAAACUGCGGAAAAAUGUGCCAUUUGUGGUCAUUUAAUCAUGGAAAUGAUUUUACAAGCCAUGGGCAAGUCCUACCAUCCAGGCUGUUUCCGUUGUUGCAUUUGUAACGAAUGCUUAGACGGUGUGCCUUUUACCGUUGAUGUUGACAAUAAAAUUUACUGCGUUAACGAUUACCACAGGAUGUUUGCCCCAAAAUGCGCUUCGUGUGGCAAAGGUAUAACACCGGUCGAAGGGACGGAAGAGACCGUCCGAGUUGUCUCCAUGGAUAAAGACUUCCAUGUGGACUGUUACAUUUGUGAAGAAUGCGGAAUGCAAUUGACCGAUGAGCCUGACAAGCGUUGUUAUCCGCUCGAGGGGCGUUUGAUGUGUCGAAGUUGUCACAUUGAACGUCUCCAACAUACCCCAAGACAGAUGCAUCCGGUGGCUGCCACAUAUCAGUAUACGGGCUAAAAACAGCCACUACUUGUCGUGCUUUUAUUAAAAUUAGGAUUUUAAUGUGCCAGGUUUGGUAAUGAUGGUUUGCUCAUAAUAAUUAGCUUUUAGUGUGUAGCUUUAAUCUUGUUAUUGAACAAACUAAAAGUGGUUUAGAGUUUUAGGAAAUGUUACGUAAGCUAAAUAGUGCAUUUACACUUUAAUUAUUGUAUGAAAUGCCAUGUUUAGGUGUCAAGUGUAAAAACUUGAUAUUUUUGUUGGCUCUUUGAAACAAUUCAUUUUUAUACUUUUAUUUAAAAUUUGCGAUGAAUUGCUGUGAUAUGUUUUAGUGACAUGGUAAUUUUCAUUCCAUUUAGUGUUUUAUGCUUUUGUAUUAUAAUAAAUACAUUACAUUUU